CAAAAAGGGGAAGAACAAAGUUGUGCAUUUUGAUACGGAAUUAGAGGGAAAACUCGAAAAUAAGAGACAACGUCCUCUAAGGAAGCCAAAGAACCUGCCUUUGCAAAUUAGGUCUCCAUACUAUGAUCGAGUUGUUGACGUGUUGAAGAAGUUGACUAUCAUCGAGAAGCAAAUCUGCAAAUAUGUUCUGACAUAUGGAGAUAGAAAUGAAGUAUUGUAUCAUUACAAAGGAUUCCAAGGUGAACGACAUCUUUUCUCAUCACUUUUGGAAGAGUAUGUGGACACCGGGAUCAUUGAUAUAUGGUCAUUGCUUUUAAAUCGGAAGGAAUCAGGACGUGGGUUAGGGUCCCCAAAGAGAUUCUUUAUCCCUCCUACAGCUUGUGUUAACUUGACUGAAGAACUUCUUAGACGGAAAAAACCGGUGCUACAAUGUGAGCUUGAGUUCCAUAAGAGAUUGUUGAACAUGCUCAACUGCUCCGAGUAUGGAGAUAUGUCAGAUGUUGAUCUUGUUUUUUGUCCUAUUCUUCAAAGGGGUUGUUACGUAGUUUUAUGUUUCAAUUUCAAGCAUUCCAAGAUUGAUAUUAUUGACCAAAGGAUGCUUACCGGAAUAUUGAAUGAAAAUUAUGGUGGCUACGCAACAAUAUUGGCUAAGGCAUUUUCUAACUAUUUGGAGUCAAGCGGUGAUCCAAGAGCCGAAAAAGUAUUGAACUUCGACCUAAAACUAAUCAAACUACAAUGUAAAUCAAAUGAGAAUGAUGAUAUCGAUAGUGGUGUGUGUGCAAUGAGGUACAUGGAAAUGUAUAUGGCGCAAGGGACUUCUUCGUGGGAUACUAACUUUAAAAACAACGUUUUUUUUCUGAAAACUUUGAGAGCCAAGUAUUGUUGUGAGAUCUUGAAGGACGACUCCAAUGUAGUUAAACAACUUAUGCUAAAGAAAGUUAAGGAGAUGAAAUGAGCUGCAAGAAUUUCAGUAUUCAUGUACUUGUGAGCCUUCGGUGAUGUACUUGUAAGACAUCGUUGAUGUACUUGUGUUGUCUGCUAUAGCACUUAGUAUUAUGAAUUUUAUGUUUUUACAUUUGAUAGUUUUGUUAUGAUGUUUUUACAUUUGAUACUACAAUGUAAAUUUUUCAUGAGUUAAUUUAACUGAUAGUUUUGUUUGUGUUA